UGUUUUAUAUAAAUACUAUACUAUUAUACCUAUAGUUUAAGUGAUACUUACAAACUGUGUAAACCUAUUGAUUGAUAAUUAAAUUAAUUUAUUGAAUAAUAAUAAUAAUAAUAAUAAUGUAAAGUCAUUAUCAAAUUGUUUGAAACAAAUCAAAUGAUUACAACUAUCUUAGUCUUCAUCUAUCAUAUAUAAGCGAUUGUCAUCUGAUUUUUUUUUAGUUGAUUGAUUGGAUAACAUAACUGUUGUUGUGGUGGUGAGGAGGGGAUGAAAAAGAAGAGAUGACCACCAAAGACGAGUACGAACUGAUCCAACAGUCGCUGCAAUUGUUGUUAACAUUGCAACCAAACUCAUUAACCAAACACGAAGUCAUCAUAAUUGUUAAAUGUCUUAACAAAUGCGACAAAACGAUACUACAAUUUGCCGACAAUGAGAAACAAUUUUUCGCCCCAUUUGUGGCCCUCUCUGGUCAUUGUAUUAUCACAAAUGCAUCGCAAAUUCCGAAAAGUCUACUAUCAUUGACAUCGUCUGCCUGUACUGUUGUCUUGCAGUACAUCUUGCAUCAGAUCGCCGAGUUUGACGACAACUCAUUGCUGACAAAAAAACAACUGAUCGGUCUUAUUCAAGGCCUGUGCGAUGACAUACCGCCGCUGCUUAAGGCAGAUAUUGUUGAACUUACUGCCACUCUAAAGGCGACAUCAUUGCCGGAUACACUAAACUAUAGACCGACAGAAUCUACGGCUCCCGAUCUAAAGACGCUGAGCAUAGCCUCACUGCGCGAUGACAGUACACCCAAAGAGGCCAAACGAUUGCGUUUGGAUCACUCGUGCGAAGCCAUCAUCGAACAGCUGAUGACACCGAUUAUGGAGACUACUCCCAAACGGGACAGUCAUUUGGAUAACGAUAAGAAUAUCAUAUCUCCCGUCGGCAUUGCCUCCCAAUCACAUGACACCAAAGGUUUAUUAAUCGGCAAAAAUCUAUUCAAUUUGCAACAACUCGGCGGUACAAACGUAUUGCUCGAUUUUAUAAUGUCAUUGUCGACAAUCAAACCGUUCAUCCAAUUAGUUCACGCCACCGAAGAAGGUGCACCACUUAAGCUGCCGACCUCUGGAUCCGAUAUACAUAUACUAAAUACAUGCAAACUAAUUAGCAAAGACUAUGAAAUUAUUUGGCGCAUACUAUUGUUGCCAAUACUGGAACCGUUGACUGAAGAACGCCUAUCGAAAGUGAUUACCAUAAUCCACGCUUGUCUUUAUGUAUCACUAACGCUGACGGCGUCGACAACAUUGGCAUCGAUAGCGGCCACUUCUAAAGGAGCCACUGCUGCGCCAUCGAAGGAUGACGAAAACGAUACAAUUAUCACCGAAAUUGUCGACACUAGUCUACAGAUCUAUAAACGAAUAUUGAUGGUAAUGAAGAGUUCCAUACGUGUUGGCGGACAGAUUUGCCAGAAUGUCCAUAUGUUUGCCUCGUGGUUACUGUUGUCGGGCAUCAAAAUGAUUAUGAAAUCGAGUCCGACCGGCUCUGGUGGCACAAGUGGUAGUAACACUACUACUAUUACUACUACCACUGCUACUUCUAGUAGUAGUGGUGUCGGUGGAAUCACAGGAAUGCCAACCAAAGAACAAACUAAGAAACCCGGCUAUAAUACUCUGUGUAUAUCAUUGGCAUCGCACGCGGUUCAACUGUUGAGCUCACUGUUUGAUGACUUAAAAUCCGAGAUCAGUCUCGGCUCAUAUAACCGGCUGUCCAAUGCCGAGAAGCUGACCAGUCAUCACUCGUCCACGUCAUUCAAGUACAACAAGUUUGGUUACUAUAGCGCUUGGCAACGGAUUGAGAUGCUUAUGUCUAACAUCAACAUCACAAACCUAUUGUUUAGUCUGGCGUCGGCCAGUUAUCGGAAGGCCGGUCUUAUGAGAUCUAUCUCCCGCUUAGACAGUCUCGAAAAGAACGAGAAAAACAUCAGUCCAUCGGUCACUUCGGUUCACGACUUGGACGACGAAUCGUGUUUCAGUUCGGACGACUCGAGUCGCGAUGAAGAUUCCGAACCAAUUCUCGGACAUCUAUUCAAAGAACAAGACGACAGUCAGUCAUCGGAUAAAUCGCUGAAAGGACGACAAACACUUAACAUUGGCUACUGUAGCGACAAACACGAACCACAACGACAUCUAACACUGUCGACAUCGAUCUUUGAAUUGUUGAACACAUAUUUUGUUUGUUCGGAAAUCGAAUCGUUGCGCCAGUACUUCAAACAGACCAUCAAUGAGCCACAGAUAUGCAUUUUGGCGCAUAUUAUCAAAGACUUGGACAGAGAAAGCGCUCAUAAUUUUUCGUUUUAUUCCGAGUUUUCAAUGGCUAUGACAUCUUUUAUGCACAAUCUGAUUGCCACCGAAAUACUUAGCGAUAAUCACAAGAUAUCGCUGUUGGUAUCGUUAGGCGUUUUUCCCGAUCCGGCUUCCGAUGGUCUCUGGCCAUUGUAUGUGGCGCCGAAAACUUUGGCAGUUUUGUCGCAAAUUGUUUUAUUAAAUCAUCAAAAAGAGAAAGAAGAUCUACGUUUCGAUACCAAUUCGCCGUCAAUACAGAUAUGGCGCGGUUUACUGAACCGAUUAACCCGAAUGAUUAUCGGUGAAGAAACCCGAGACUACGAAACAGAGGACAUUAACGUCGAACACUCGCAGCUUUUGUUGUUUUUGUUUCACAAUAUUAAACUACUUCAACGCAAACAAGUGUUACUAUUGGUCGCUCAGGCCAUUGUCGACACCGCCGACACGGCCAACAAUUUGAUGACCGACUAUCAGAUUCAUUGUUUGGGCCGAUUGACCCAUUUUUUCGAAUAUAUGAUCAAAAAUCUGUACGACGCGCCCACAUCGCUGAUCGAACAGAUCGACAACAAUCUAUUCAAAUCGUCGACAGCUUUCGCUAACCAUCGACGCGAUAAAGACAACAAUAUCGAUGAUAAUAGCAAACUAUACUUUCAUUGUCACGAAAUCGAUGAUAAUUAUCAAAAGUUUACCGAAAAUAAAUUGUUUGCCACAACUAUGAGACCAAGAUUUUACUAUCUUCUCAACAUUGAUAACAUUAACUACAAAGAAGUUCCCAAACUUGAUGGAAUGGCGUUAAACUUUUUGCUGGUCGGCAUCGAAGAUAUAGUUCCAUAUAAUACACUAUACGAAUCGUUGAUAACAUUGUUGAAUGUCGGCGCCCAAUAUGACCUGAAGAAUCGCCAUUUAAGCUCAAGUGAUCGACUAAACAAUUUAGGUCUGUGCGCCAUUCAGUACACGUUUAACUCUGUUUGGCGAAUACUACUCCAAUUGCCACCGUCUGUGCGAUGUCUAACUGAGCUGUCCGUCGGAGAUGUUCGUCAAUUUGACAACUCGAAGACCAUUCACUACUCUAUUUGGAUAUCACGUAUUGUUAAUAACAAAUGGUUCUACAAUUGGAUUAAGGAAUCAAAGCUUAUGCAAAACGAUACAAAUAUCAAACCGGAAGCGUUGCUCAAGAGUGUGGCCAAUAAUGCCAAUUCAAUAUCGUUUAACGUUGAACUACUCAAGCGUUUAAUGUUGAAACAGUUUUCAUUGUCAAAGUCGAGCAACAAUUCUGACGAAUUAAUUACCGUCGAAGAGAUGCCACUGCUAUUGGAUAUGUUUACGCUGGACGUGUUGUGCGCAAAGACACACAUUCUGCUCGAUUCGUGCUAUAAUCUAUCGGACAACUCGUCGUCCAUGAAUUCCAAUGUAACGGCCGGCACCAGUCUCGAAGCCAAACAGUCUGCCAUUGAACUGUUGCCACUGGUCUUGAAUCUGGUAUCCAGUCAUCUGUCGUGUGCACGAUCUUCGCUAAUCCAUCAGAUGGUAGCCGAAGACGAACUACAAGGAAUCAAAACCAUAACCAAACUGUUAAAUGCCUACAAUUCGAUACUGAAGAUAACGUCGAGCAAAUGUAACUCAAAACUGAUCCAAUUGACACUACAAUUGGCUACAUAUUUGCCAAAGAAUUUGAUGAAAAUUCUGGUCAAAUGGAAUCUAAUUCCAGUUGACGUUCAGCACUGGCGUAACGAACAUAACUCGUCGUCAUCGCCAUCCGAGUCGUACAUUAUGGCCAUUCAGUCGCAACAUUUUAACGCCUUUUCGGUUUCGUUGGCCACAUCGUUCAACUCGAAUACCAAUUUGAAACAUUUUGUCAAUACAUUGUUGAAGUUAGCCGAAGAUCUCUACCAAUGGAGUGAUAAUAAAUAUUCAGAAGACUUUAUACGAGUAAUGCUUUCGCUUCAAUUGGACAGCACUUGCGAAUCGUACUCAUCGUACGGAUUGAAUCAAUUGGAUUCGGCGUUUGGAUCUAAAGAAAGUGAUAAUUUUGUUUCUGCACUUUAUAUGGAAGCGUUAACCCAUUCCUAUGAUUUACUGAUCAACUAUUCAAAUAAGGACUGUUGUGUCGAUGAGAAGAUACUGAUCGAGUGUAUAAAGUUUAUGGAAUCACUGUUGGAUACAAUUGCCGGUCAGUCGGCGCUCGAAAAGUUUUUCUGCGAAGACGAUACCAAAGAUAUUGUUCAGCUAUUGAUGUCCGCCUCAAACGAUAGUCUUAGUUCGGCUUAUUCGACACGUGUGCUGAAGUUUUUUAGCAAACUGUUCCAACACACUGAGAAAAAUCCAGACACCAUUAGUCUGGUACGUCUAUGUACAUCGUUGUCGAAAUUGUCGUGUUUGGGUAAACCUAAUAAUCAAAUACUCCAGACAUGGCUAUCGAAAGUACUUUGCGAACGAACCGAAGGCGACGCCAGCGUACUGGUGGCCAACCAAGAGAAUCGUAUACUAUUGCAAAAUCUGACCUCAUAUAUAGUAAAGGAUACCAGUGCCGUGGACGAGGAGGUGGCAACAGUUUUUCUAUCGGCACUCAUACCGAUGGGCAGUCAAAUACUGUCGUCCACGUCCGAGGUGUUGGGCUUUUCCGAAUUGAUGCAAAUUAUGACAACACUGGCCGGAGCCGGUACCGGUGCCGGACAUCUCGAAUUGAUCAAAGCGGUUAUCGGUUGGUUGGAUACAUGCAAACGAUAUCUGUCGCAAAAGGAUGUGAUCGAAAAAUUGCAGAACAAUAUCAAUACCGGUCGACAUCAGAUGAUAAUGGAAUCGACGUGUCAUAUGCUAUCAUAUUUGGCCGAUAUUUACGAAGCGCUGGAAUUUUUGAACGAUUCGACCGCCGGCGGUGGUGGUCGGGCCACUUCGCCCGAUGGCGACACUAUGGGUGUCAUGGAUGACGAUUGGAUCGACGAGUGUCCAUGUCCCGAUGAUGAUGAAUCGCUGGCCGAAGAUUCCGAUGAAGAAUCACUGUGCAAUAAGUUAUGCACGUUUACCACAACACAGAAAGAGUUUAUGAAUCAGCACUGGUAUCACUGUCACACCUGUAAAAUGAUCGAAGGCGUGGGCGUCUGUACUAUCUGUGCAAAAGUCUGUCAUAAAGAUCACGACGUGACGUACGCCAAAAACGGUUCGUUUUUCUGCGACUGCGGCGCCAAAGAGGACGGUUCGUGUAUUGCACUGACCCGUCGGGCACCCAAUGUAGACAACACGUACUCGACCAGAGACAAUGCCGAUCCAGUACUGCCGUCGUCUCUGCGACGAUCAUCGUCGCCAUCGAUGGACAAGAAUGCCAAUCAAAGUACUGAUAAGAGCAAAGAAUCGAUGUCUCGAUUGAAACACGAAUCACUGGUUAAACAAUUGGAAAACAGUAAACCAGAAAUACUAUCGAUUAUGUCAACAAUGAAUCUUUCGUGGACUGUACUAAAUCUGUUGAAAUAUUUGAGUCCAUCGAUGAUGAAAUCGUUUCUGAAGAAUUCGUCAAUUGGCUCGUCUAUACGGGCUAAAGAAGCGCUUAAAGAGUUACACAUCUAUGAUAAAUCAAUUGAAUCCAGUGAUCAGCUAAUGGUUCCGACACUUGGUUCACAAGAAGGUGCCUUCGAGAAUGUCCGGAUGACUUUCACCGGCGAACAGGGCCAACAAAUUCGACAACUAAUGCAACAGCAAGUGAUCCGACGGGUGGCUAUGUGUGCAUUGGCCUCCAAUCACGGCAAACGCCAGCACCUGGCCGUCAGUCACGAAAAGGGCAAAAUAACUUUACUUCAAUUGGCUACUUUGCUCAAACAGGCCGAUUCGUCCACUAAAAAACUGACACUAACCAGACUGGCCUCAGCUCCGCUACCGUUUACAGCCAUUUCGAUAGCAGGCAAUCCGUGCAACGAAGACUAUCUGGCAGUUUGCGGUCUCAAAGACUGUCACGUACUGACCUUUUCGCAGUUGGGUGUCGUCAGCGGACACCUUGUACUACAUCCUCAGCUCGAGUCCAGUAAUUAUGUUAUAAAAGCCGUUUGGCUUCCCGGCAGUCAAACCGAGUUGGCUCUCGUAACCGCCGAUUUUGUCAAGAUUUUCAAUCUCGGCCAAGACAUUCUUUCACCGCAAUAUUUCUUUUUGUUGCCAUCGGGUAAGAUUCGCGACAUUACAUUUGUAGUGUCCGAAGACGGCCAACGACACGUACUGAUAAUGUCGUCCGCCGGACACAUCUACUGUCAGAUAAUGUCGGAGGAAAGCAGCGCCCAAAACGGCCAGUUCUAUGUGACCUCUAUAUUGGACAUCAGACACGACGAAAUAAUCGAUUCCAAUGGCAAUAUCAAUGGCGGCGGUGUUUCCCUAUAUUAUUCGCAUACAUUUCAGUUGUUGUUUUUCAGCUACAGUCAGGGAAAGAAUUAUUGUACAGCACUUCCCAAUGUUAACCAAGAGAUUACCAAUUUGUUUCCCAUCGAAAUAUUGUCGACAUCCAAUGGAAGCGCCUCAUCCAAUGGUUCAUCUAGCAAAUCGACUUCGUCACCGCUGCAAUCGCUGUGCCAGUGGACCGAAGUUGGCGGUCAUCCCGGACUCAUACUGGCCAUGUCUUUGAGCUCAAAUAAUCCGAUCAUUUUGAUGGUCAAACCGAAUACGAUUAUUGUCCAAGAAAUCAAACCUAACAGCAAAUCUAAGAUUACCGAUAUGGUAGCCAUGAGACACUCGACACAGAACGGCGAUAUGAGAACAACAUUGAUUCUGCUCUGCGAAGAUGGUUCGCUGCGUAUCUAUAUGGCCAGUCAAGAGGCCACAAACUAUUGGCUACGACCGGCACUACAUUCAAGUCUUAAACCGUACGCUUCGAACGCUUCCAAAGCUCGCCGAACGAAAAAGUCUGUCAAAGUUUUACGAAACAAUUCGACUACAGGAUCGCCACAAUUUUCAACUGAUUUCUUCGAACACUGUAACCAAAUCAGUGAUAUCGACUUCGGCGGAUCCGAUGUACUUCAGAUCUAUAAUACACAUCAAGUAAAGAACCGAUUGAAUACCAAUGGUAUGUAUAUUGCAUCGACCAAACCGAACGGUUUUUCCAUCGAAGUCUACAAUAACGACGCCACCUCUGUUAUGGUUGGCGUCCGAGUGAUGGUCGCUUUUCAAGAUGUUUUACGGGCGCCCACUGCUAUCGAAAUUUUUGGCCGAUCGAUACCCAUUGCUCCCACCAGAAGUCGUUGGUAUGAUCUGCCAUUUACUCGUGAAGAGUCACUAACUGCCGAUAAAAAGAUUACAAUAACUCUUAUCGCAAGUAACGAUCCAAAUGGUGUAACAAUUGUCGACUCAAUCAAAGUUUAUGGUAAAACAAAAGAAGCAUUUGGUUGGCCGGAAGACAACGAUGAAUAUCAACAAAUAGGUUCAUCAGCUGCCGCUGCAUCGGCACCACCACCGGCCACUUCUUCAUCGGCUAUUUCAGUGAUUGAAUAUAAUUCCCAACACCUGACACAACACUUUUCAUCACUCGAGCGUCUGCUAUCAUAUUCGCUGGACGUACUCGACGGUUGCUUUCACUUGUCGACAAUAGCCACUGAUCCUAAAGAACGACAGAUACAGCGUGACUGUGCUCUAGAAAUUGCCACUCAGUUCUUGACUUUGCCGUACAAUGAAUCGGUCGAAUCAAAUGUCAAAUCACUUUUGGCAACUCUUCACUCGACACGAGCCGCCUAUAAUAGCCACAGAGAUCAGGCGAUAGUUAACUAUGUUAUCAGAAAUAUUGACAAUUCAGUCAAAAACAAUGAACUCGACGGCGAAUCAUUUUUCCGAUGGAUUUCAAUGAUUAAACAGAUUGCCAUCGAAAGGCCACAUAAUUUGAUUAAAUAUAACGAAUCGGCCAUCAAUUUAGAUGACAACAACAGCGACGUCGGCGGCGCCAAUAGUAUUGAGAUGACAACGUUCGGCCAGAAUAGUAGCCAUAUGUCUUCAUCGCAGUCGAGCAGCGAUUACUACGACAAUAAUAAUGAGGAACAAAUGAUUGCUUCGCGUUUGGACACGAAUGCCAACGAAAGGGUUUUGUUUUGUCAGUAUUUAAGUGAUAUCUUUUGGAAAUUGUAUUCAUUGAGACCGAAUAAUCCGUUGACGGCUACCAUUGCAAGAGGCGGUUUAGUUCAUAUCGAAGAAACAGUUCAGGCAUUGGUUGAGAUAAUACAUUCAUUUGCUUUGGCCGACGUCGACAAUAACAUCGAAAUUGCCGGCAAAUUAUAUCUAAAACUAUUGCUAUGCGAGGACACGAUAGUCAGCUUUUGCGCCAAACAGUCGCUGAUACGCGUACUUCGGCCGCGAACACGAAAACGACGCGUCUAUAUCCCGUCACCGCCACACUGUGAGACUCCGCACGAACACCAAAAGGGCGGCUCCACGUCAUCCCAAUCGGAACGCCAAUUGCCGACCAUUUCGUCGCACAACAGUCUCGAAGUUUUCGUACACGAAAAUCCCAUCGAUCGUAACGACUCUAUUGACCAACAUUUCGAAGUUAUCGAAGCACUAGAUGUGGGCGAUCCGCACGACAACGAUGGCCAGCAUGACCUUAUCGGCGGCGCUAAUCCAGCGUUUCCUCACAUGUUUAAUCCGGACGUCGAUCCCGACGACGAGGCAAUGGUUGAAUUGGCAAUUGCUCUGAGUCUUCAGGAUCAGCAACAAGAUGUUCCACCAGUUGCUGCACCUAAUGUCGCUGUUCGAAGAUCUGGUGCCCAACGAUCAGUCAGUUUGGAAGACAGAGGACAUUAUUCGGAUACGACUGCAUCGGCCGCUGCCAGUGAUGACGAGGGUUCUACAGCAGCUACUGAUGGAUCAACGUUACGGACGUCGCCAGCCAACGAAAUACUUCAGGGCAACGAAGCCGGAAGUGAAUCGGGUGGCAGUGUUGUCGAAUCGAUCAUUGGUGAACAUAAUGUCAGUGGCCGAAGUUCUGCGUACGGCGAAGAGUUAGGCCCACCACCGGUCAGAGCGCAACCUAUGAUUAGUUUUGAUUCAUCACUCGAGACCGAUAUCGCCAAUAAUCAACGGCUUCACAAUUUGAGAAUUGCUUUACUCGAAAAAAUGAUUGAAUCACUUCCCGAAAUCAGAGACGUUGGUGGCCUGCGAUCCAUACCAUUCAUGCAGGUUAUAUUAAUGCUGACGUCAGAUCUGGAUGGCGAAGGAGACGCCGAUAAACUGGUACUCAACUCUCUGUUGGCCGCACUGUUGACUCAACUAUCGGAAAACUCUGACAUGUCUUCAAUGAUUCAACGAAAUCCUACUAACGAAGUCAAACUAAUUAUUAUGCGACUGUUAAGUAUACUGAUGUCACGCGUACGAACCGGUAGCUCAUCAUCGAAGAUGCCUUCUUCAUCGAUGGAUCUAUUGGAAACAUCAUCGGCUUUUUGUUCAUCAGUAACCGCUACCACUUUAAUGCAAUCCAAUAUUCUUGACUUUUGUCUACAAAUACUAAUACAUUUGUUGUCCUAUUGGAAAACCUAUUCAAACGAAGAGUCGUCAGCCGCUGCCGGAACUGUUCCGUCAAUAUCUACACCAUUGAAAACACAACUACUGACACCACCGCCGGAAAUGUCACCAUUUUUUAUGCGACCCUAUGUUCGCGGACACGCCGACGAUGUUUUCGAAUCGUAUCCACAUUUGUUAACUGAAAUGAUUACUCGUAUGCCGUAUCAGAUCAAGAAAAUUGCCAACUCUUUACCAAACAGUGGCUGUUCGUCAAGCGUUCAAUUUGCCCAGUGCUGGACCGACUACCUGUGCCAGUACAUGAUGAUCAACCUGACGCCAUACAUACGCAAACAGGUGCGCAAACUGUUGUCAUUCAUAUGCGGAUCCAAAGAACGCUAUCGACAGAUACGCGAUUUGCAUAGUCUUGAACAUCAUAUGAACGAUAUUAAGAAGUUGUGCCGAAACGGCGGUUUUGUUGAACAUUCGCUACAAAAUGGAUUAAUCAAUCUGUCAUACGAUGCACUGAUAUCGCUCAUCGAGCACUUGAAGUCGUGUUCCGAGAUCGCCACCAAUCGGACAAUCAAUUGGCAAAAGUCCUGUCAAAAAGAUCCAACUUUACUACCGUUUCUCAUUCAAGUGAGCUUUCUUCUCGAUGAAGGCGUCUCAUCGAUUGUUCUGCACUUACUUCAGUGCGCUCUUUGCGCCAAAUCCUCUGCCACACCGUCGGCUUCUGCCGGUAGCCUUCACGACGAUGAACCCGACGAACCGAUACCAACUCAUUUGGUACAACAAAUGUUGAAAUAUGUCGACAAUAAUCUGUUGUCUCAGUUUAUUCAAUGCUUUCUACUCGAAUCCAACUCCAGUUCCCAUCGCUGGGCCGCUCAUUCCCUGAUCUACAAUAUGUAUAAAAGUUUUUCGGCUCAACAACAGGAAACACUGCUCGACAUACUUUGGACAUUGUGGCCCAAACUGCCCUCCUAUGGCAAAAAGGCGGCACAAUUUGUCGACCUCUUGGGUUACUUUACACUAAAAGUCAAUUACAGCGAUGAGAAAGAACGCGAAUUUACCGAAAAAGCUUUGACAGUAUUGCGUCAACAGAACCAACACAUCUAUCGACAUCCGAACAGCAAUCUAUAUAAUUCAUUGCAAUCGUUGGUCGAAUUUGAUGGUUAUUAUCUCGAAAGUGAACCGUGUCUGGUGUGCAAUAAUCCCGAAGUGAACUAUUUGAAUAUGAAAUUGUCGUCAAUCAAAGUCGAUUCCCGAUUCACUACUACCACACAGAUUGUCAAACUGAUUGGUUCGCACACCAUAUCGAAGAUUACGCUAAGAAUAUCUGACAUUAAACGAUCGAAAAUGGUUAAGACUUUGAAUAUAUUCUACAACAAUCGGGCCGUUCAAUCGGUGGUCGAACUCAAAAACAAGACAGCACUGUGGCAUAAGGCCCGACGCUAUCAGUUAACUGGCGGUCAAACUGAACUGAAAAUUGAAUUUCCGUUGCCUAUCGUCGCUUGCAAUCUGAUGAUAGAGUAUUCGGAUUUCUACGACAAUAUUCAGGCCACCAAUGAGACCCUACAGUGUCCCCGAUGUUCGGCUACUGUGGCGGCCAAUCCGGGUGUCUGUUCGAAUUGCGGCGAAAACGUGUUCCAGUGUCACAAGUGUCGUGCGAUCAACUACGACGAAAAGGAUCCAUUUUUGUGCAAUUCGUGCGGCUUCUGUAAGUACGCCAAAUUUGACUACACUCUGACGGCCAAACCUACCUGUGCCGUGGAUCCGAUCGAAAACGAAGACGAUCGCAAAAAAACCGUACAAUCGAUUAACUCGUUGCUGGAAAAAGCUGAUCGCGUCUACAAGAAUCUGAUCGCCAAUAAACCAUCGCUCGAGUUGUUGUUAUUGAGAAUACAAGAACACGGAAUGAUUGACAAAUACGAUGCCGACGCCAUCCUAAUGAUGACACCGGCCGUGUCGUCGGCACCGGCAGCCGCCACCAGUAUUCACGUGAAUCGAGCCAUACAACAAGUGGCCAUCAAAUACUGUCAGGACUGUAAAUCGUCUUUCGAUGAGUUAUCGAAAAUUAUUCAACGAGUGUUGGCCUCGCGCAAAGAAUUGGUCGAUUACGACAACAAACAAAAAGACAAAUCGUUGACACCGUCGACAACACCCCGACUCAAUACCCGACGCGACUCAAAGGUAUUGGUAUCGAUGUCCUCGUCGUCUGGUCGUUGUUUUGGCUGCGCGUCGGCUACUGUUGAACACUGUAUUACACUACUGAAGGCAUUAGCCAUAUCACCAAAAUAUCGGACUCUUCUUUGCUCUUAUGGAUUGCUUCGAGAGUUAGUCGACUAUAAUCUGCGAAUUGGAACCAAUAACGUGCGCCACGAAGUACGCCAAUUGCUCUGUUCGCUGACCCGCGACAACUAUAGAGCUACAGCCGAUCUAAACAAUUUGCUAAUGGAUAAGAUAUCGGUGGCAAUCAAGUCGCGUUCGGGCGCUUCCAUUGAUCUGUCAUCGGCGGUCCGGCACGAGAUUGCACUGUUGUCCUGUUCUAUGGAAAAGGAGGACUCGUGUUGGGAGCUACGGCUCAGGUGUGUUAUGCAAUUGUUUUUGAUGGGCCUCCAAAUGGAUUCGCCGGCAGUACUCGACUCGAUAACCCUUCCCUGUCUGCGACUAUUACAGUCGCUAAUCAAACCGGAACCGACUAUCAGUAAGAAAAAUAAGGACAAAACAAUUGAACAGUUGGCCACCGUUAAGACCAGCGGCUUCCGUAUCAAUGUAGACCUAAACAGAUGGUUAGCCGGCGAUCCGAAUCAUUCGUUCAAGAGUUGGCGCCAAAGAUCAGCUAAACGCUCGCCAGUACCGCAACAACCGAUAGGCGAACACAACAAAUCGCGAGCCGAAAUUCGGGCACAAUAUUUGUCGGAAAAAUAUGGCUUACGUUGGAAGGAUAGGGCGCUCAAGACUGACAAACUGUCGGCCACACUCAUGAAGGCCAGUUGGCUGCGAACUAUACUGUUUAACGGCGCCUCGCGUUCCGUACGCCUAAUGGCCUGUUCAUUGAUCGAAGCACUGUUUCAAAUACCGUCGCGAAAGAAAGAGAUAAUCGAUUUGUUGACAUCAUAUCUGGACGACUUGGGUCAGGCCGGAGAGUUUGGUAACGAAUUCUUUUCAUUUUAUCAUUCAAUUAUCCAAACCGAACACUGGAAGUACUAUCUGUCGCUGAACGGUCUGCUCCAGCAUUUGGGUGUAUUGAUUACCAAAGAGAUCGACAAUUUGAAUCGUUUGGAAGAGAUAACACUCAACUCAGACCUAUCGCAGGGCUGUUCGCUGAAAAUGUUGGUUGAAUUGUUGCAAUCGCUUAUAGACGUACCGACAAUUCGUCGACAAUAUAAGUCACGUUUGGUUGCAUUCGUCCUAAACGGUUAUCUAUCGCUGAGAAAACUGGUUGUCCAACGAACCAAAGUGAUCGACGAAACACAGGAGUCGCUGUUGGAACUGCUCGAAGAAAUGACAACAGGAACCGAAUCAGAGACGGCAGCCUUUAUGUCAGUCUGUGUCGACGCUGUCAACAAAUGUCAAUUGUAUGAUAUGAUUACACCGGUGUUUAUCUUUGAGCGACUUUGUUCCAUCAUUUAUCCCGAAGAGAACGAUUCUAUUGAAUUUUUUAUGACACUUGAAAAGGAUCCACAACAGGACGACUUCCUACAGGGCCGUAUGUUAGGCAACCCCUACAGCUCUAACGACACCGGUAUGGGACCGUUGAUGCGCGACAUCAAGAAUAAGAUUUGUCAGGACUGCGAACUGGUAGCACUGCUCGAGGAUGACUCGGGACUCGAACUUCUGGUCAACAAUAAGAUUAUUAGUUUGGAUUUGCCAGUCAAAGAAGUUUACCGAAAGAUCUGGCAAACCGAUAACAAUAUUGACUCCGACGCCAUGAAAAUUGUGUACCGAAUACGCGGUUUGAUGGGCGACGCAACCGAAGAGUUUAUCGAAACACUCGACAGCAAAGAUAACAAAGAAGUAAACGAAGAAGAACUCUACAAAAUGGCUAACAUUAUGGCGCAAUGCAAUGGACUUCAAGUGAUGCUUCAGCGGCUCCGAGUUAUCGAAGAUCUUUCCUCACGAAGUCGUCUACUAAUGCAAGUGUUGCUCAAAUUAUUUGGUCAUUGCAUUAGAGUUAAAAACAACAGACAGGCCUUAAUCGAUCCCCAGCUAAACACUAUUGAUAUUAUGUUGAAUCUUCUAAAACUGAUCCUAACAUCCGAAUCGGCUGAACUUAUAUCGCAACCAUCAGGACCUGGACUGCCGUCACCAAUGGAACAGUUGAUGCACAUCAUGCAAACCAUAUUAGUCGAGGCCUCGCAAUUGCCUGAACAACAAUUUGAUCGAUUUUGUGAUACCACUUGUGGCACCUGUGAUGAUAUCAAAUUGUUGGCCCAAUACGCCUCAUCCAAUCUUAUCAAAGGCAACGUUCCACUGAUGACACAACUGACUCGAUUGAUACCGUUCCUUACACUGGGCAACGCCCAAAAAAUGUCGACACUGUUGGCUCAUUUCAAACCGUAUCUUGUAUUCGAAAAGUUUGAUUUCGAUCACACACUGGACACCGAUCAUCAAUUGGAACUGUUCUGUAUGAUGUCCACCGGCAUCGAAAACAAUGCCAACGGUGCCCGACUCAAACAGUUGAUAAUCGAGGACGGCAUUGUCGCGUCAGCACUGGAAUACCUAUUACUUCACGCACCGACCCUAAAGACAUCACUGUUGGGCACUUCGGAAGAGUGGAAAGAGUUUACGUCGCGACCAGCGCUCAAAUACGUGCUGCGAAUACUGACCGGACUCAGUCACGGACACGAAAGCACUCAGCUGUUAGUCUCGAAAGAAAGUAUACCGAUUAUUCACGGUUUGGAACAGGUGGCAUCCGAUGCUCACAUUGGUUCGCUGGCCGAGUAUCUGAUGGAAGCGAUUAAGGAGAACUCGGAGGUCAAGGCCAAGAUCGAAGAAGUUAGACUCAAGACUAGAGACGAGAAAAAACGUCUGGCAAUGGCUGUUCGCGAGAAAGAGUUGGGUGCACUGGGAAUGCGUACCAACGACAAGGGACAGGUGACCGCCAAGGCUUCGCUGUUAAAACAGGUGGAAGAUUUGGGCGAAGAGGCCGGACUAAUAUGCAGCAUAUGUCGCGAAGGAUACAAGUUUCAGCCAAACAAAGUGUUGGGUAUCUAUACGUAUACCAAACGAUGCAAUUUGGAUGACUUCGAGAUCAAACAACGCAAGAGUUUAGGCUAUACUACUGUCACACACUUCAAUGUUGUACACGUCGACUGUCAUAUGGCAGCCGUACGGCACGCUCGCGGACGCGACGAAUGGGAAUCGGCUGCACUGCAAAACGCCAACACCCGCUGCAAUGGUCUGCUGCCGCUAUGGGGACCGCAAGUCCAGGAGUCGGCGUUUGCUUCGGCACUGGCCCGACAUAACAACUAUUUACAAGAAUGUACCGGUCAUCGUGAGGUUUCUUCGACUUCCUAUUCGUUGACAAUUCAAGACCUGAAACUAUUGAUUCGAAGAUUUGCUUUCGAAAUGUCGUUCAGCGACGACACGGGUGGCGGCGGUUCACAGUCUAACCUACAUAUGAUACCUUAUAUGAUUCAUAUGGCUCUCUAUGUGAUCAAUACUACCAGAUCGGCGAUUCGCGAGACGAAAAAGAUUAACAGUUUUCUCGAAAUGCCGGCAAACAAGUGGAUCGAGAAUUGCUAUGAGUCCGAAAGUCCCUUUUACUGGUGCACAAUGUCUAUAGUGAUAUUCGCACCGAAAGUAUGGCAUAAAAAUCGUCUAAAAUAUCUCCAGCGACUCAUACUAUGCGCUCACGUGCGACACGUAUCGCCACACGGCUCCACAAUACUGACCGAUUCGACUGUUCAGGAGUUUUCUGUCUAUAAAAAUACGCUGAUAUUCUUUGCGUUUGUCGACGCUCUUUAUACCACUAUGUUUAAGUCUGUAAAAGGAGGCGACGAAUGGGGACUGGACUGGCCGUUAGCGUUGGCCGAAUAUAUUCGCAACAAUGACCAGUCAUUGCUGGAGAGCGGCAACAAAAUGCUUCGAUAUUACGAGGAAGACCUACUGCCGAGUCAGUCGUUUGCCGAGUUUUGCGAUGUCUGUGGCCUAUUGUCCGAUAUUCCCGACGCCAACGAGUUUAUUGAAAACGCGCUGAAAAUACAAUAAAUAAUCAUUGCUAUAAUUUGUUUUUGUUUUUUUUGAUAAUUAAUCAAUUGGUUUGCAGUUUCUAUAAUUAUUUUCUAACUUCUAAUAAUAAUCUAC